GUUCCAUGGAUUAUUGCCAAUUCCCACCGAGUUUAGACACUGACAACAGCAGCCAUGACCUCAACGAUUAUGACCCUGUCGAUGAAAUGGCAGAGGAGACUGCAGACGACCAAGGUUUCAUCGACCACGAGGAUGCAGACGACACGUUUGACCAGUUGAACCAUGACCGUGAAGACCACCUGGCCGAGGUACAGGACCCCCGGGAGCUGAUGGACCUGGAGAACGUGUACGACCACCUGCAGUUCCAUGCAGUGACUGACCAGCUGGUCGAGGUGUACGUGGCUGGACGCGACGAUGACCCAGACGGGCCCAGCGCGGUGCUGCCUGACGCGGUGCCGGUGGGGAGUUUUAAGAAUUUGGGUGGAGACUUUUGGAGGGAGAGGUACAAGCCCUUGCACAUGAAAAUUGACAAGACGUUAGUGCGGGGAAUAGACAGGAUUCCAGAAGAAUCUGUCUGUUAUCUGGAUGUAGAGAGGUUUCGAAUGUUCUUCACACCAUACAUAGACUACAGAGGAGAGAAAGAGACGACAGACUUGGAAAUCCAUUACAGAGACUCGACAAACAAGACGAUUGUACUCCGUGUACAUGAAAGGGUGAUCAACUCGCUCUCAAGAUACUUUCAAACACUAGUGUUUAGGGGCCGCUUUGGAGGAAACAAGACAUUUAUAGACGGCAUCCCGCCAUGCAACUGUGAGCUGUUCGAAGAUAUUGUGACUUACGCCUACACUGGCAACUUUGUGCCCCGUCAUGACAAUGUUAUGAAUGCCCUCUUUACAGCAUAUCAGACCAAUCUACACCACCUGCAGAUGUGGUGUGAGAAUUUUGUCAUUGCAAACUUGACAGUUUACACGGCUUGUCACUUCCUGGUCCUGACAGAUAGCCUUAUGUUGCCGACACUAAAAACAGGGGCUCGGAAAUUCAUAGGUGCACACCUCAUCACGAUAAGCAGGAGCUACGCCUUUGUGAAACUCCAGCCGCGCCACAUCAUGCCUCUGUUUGAAGAUGAUGACCUAGUUAUCCUGGAUCCUCAGACCUCCUACGCCCUCAAGACCCGUGAUCGUGAGAUGGUUCUGUUCGGCGCGGUGCUGGCACACGUCUCCUUUCGGAUGUCGUGCGAUCCGUUCGCAGCAAAGCUGCUGAAAUCGUGCCGGAUGGUGGACAUUGGGGUGGAGAAUGCAUGGAAGAUGAUGAAUGCAACCUACCCGCACCUCCGCAACCACCCGACAGUCAGGAGAUAUUUGAAAUGGGCAGAAACUUUGUUUGCUAAGGUGGAUGUGAACCUGAGGAAGAAGAUUGUGAUUCCGUCCCUGUGGACCUUCAGAAGGCUGCUGUCUGAUUGUGAGAUUUUGGACAUCAUGCACAUCUACGCUCCACACCCCACGCGGCCCUUUGUCAAAAAUGACAAAAGUCGUCUGAUCAGAGAAGGUCUGGAGAUUGAAGGAUUUCGGAUUUUUGUCCGCCGUCAUGCUUCAGCCUAUGCUAUUGGAGGACUUUCAGUCAGAUACAGGGUCAGCGAGACGGGAGAGUACAGGUCUACAAAUGAGAUAGGGUUCAUUGACCUCAGGGAGGAAGAGAAUGACAAGAUUUUUGAAAUGAGCCUAAACAAAGAAGAGUAUGUUAGUGAGGUGAUAGUGGGAGCUUCAGACAGGAUGGUUCACAGGCUGUCUUUCAGGACAAACACUGGUCGCAGGUUCGGUCCCUAUGGGGGCUAUGGCGAGGGCAGCAUCAACUACCAGGAGCGCCCCCCAAAAGCCAGAGUCACGCGACUCUAUGACAUGGAGUGUGGCUGCUCCAUCAUUGAUGACAGGCUCUACAUCGCCAACCUGGCCCUUACAUGGAUGAACUUCAACUAACUAGCCAGGUGACAGUUCGUGGUGGCUGCUGUUUAUAUUUUACACUUGUGAUAUUUGCAAAAUUGUUUUACACUAUUUUUCUUUUACAUUUUUACAGAUUCGUUUUUUUAAUAACGAAUCCAGAUUUUUUAUUUCUAAUGACCAAAAACUUUUUAAAAUUGGCCUUGCUCUUGGGAGUGGAGUUGAGACAAUAAUUUAUGGAGAGAUUUUUAAAGUUUACAUGAAAGUUUUAAUGUUGUGAAUGUAAGGUAGGGUUGCUUCAAAGCUUUAAUUUAAAACUGCGCAGCAUUUGUCAUUUUAGAAAGAUGUUGUUAAAUUCCAUGACAUUCCAUUUUUACAUUUAAUCAUCCAUUUUCAUUGUCUGCAUUGUGUACAUUUUCAUUACUCAUUUUCAUAUCACGUUUCACAGAGUUUAGAUUGUU